AUGUUACGCUCGUUCUCAGUGAACCCACGACUUUCGCAGAUUCGCGCCAUUCGCGCCCGAGUUCUGAACCGUGCGGUUGAGCCUGCUUCGAGCCGGGAAUCGGGAUACACAUACAGCUGCUACGAAAAGUUUUGUCGGCCUUUGAGCUUGCCGCCCGGCGCAACCGAAACUGACAUUAGGGAUGCUUUCCGCAUCAAGUUCCCGGAGAUUUGGGACCUGGAGAGUGCCCUGAUUCAGGUCUAUGAUGCCCAGCUUGAUGCGUACCUUGACUGGGAUAAGGACACUGUUAUUUACGAAAAAUCAAAAAUUAAAGUAAUUCGGUUAGAAAGCAACCCCAAUGAAGCUUCACUAUCAUGCCAACCAAGCACUAGUGCGACCAGUGUGGACAAUCCCGAGAUGUCACCUAUGUUGUCAGCACAACAGGAACUGAAGAAGCUUGAUCCGACAACAUACGUGUUUCCAAAAGCACCAGCAGACAUAGCCAUCCGGCUCAGCACACUCGGUGAAAAGUCACUGGUACCCACGAGCCUCAGGAACAGAAUAAUUGAGUGGCUGUGUCACGACCUCUUCCGAUAUACACUUUAUCCCCAGCGCCUGUACGUUGAAGCGGCCAGGCAGCUUGUGAUACAACAUCGUGUACUGCGUGACAGAGUGGGCAACGGCUAUGUCAAGUUUGAGCGGAGCAAGAUUGAAGAUGUGGGUGUUGUUCAAGAGAACCGAACAAAAUUUGGAAGGAAGCACGCAGAGUCUGACACAUGCAACGAUGACAACAACAACUGUGCGAAAAGGAUCAGUCGCAGGCCAGGGAAUCUGGCAGCCAUGGUUGAAGAUGAAUUGAGCAUCAAAGCACACAUUGACUCCAUGCAGAAAGAGAUGGCAAAAGCCAGUCCUGACACUGAGAAAGUCAGGGACUCAAUGGAACGAACAUUUGAUGCUCGUCGAAAGUGGAUUGCCGGAGAGUGCCCCUCAGCAGCAGAUAUUUUUGAGACAUAUCCUGCACUGGGGGCGGUGGAGGAAGUCUUCCUGGAAUUUCAAAGAAUCAAUGGUGUGCACCCUCGGCAGCUGGAGACAAUUGCAGAGCGAUACAUGGUGUCACUUCUGACAUUGGCGGGAAAAAAAGUUGAAACAUUCAGCAUGGAGCUGCUGACCAAGGCCGAAACUGUCCCCGAUGGAGGCUGGAUGAAAACUUUGGCUUUUCUGCUCACACUGCCCAGGAUGGUCAAAGAACGGCCAUCUUUCCUGAGAAGCUCGGCACCAUGGUUCGCUGCAUAUCCACUUGUUCUGUGGACCGACAACAUCGAGGAACUCGGCCAGUGUGCCAUCCAAGUGGAAAACCAGAUCAUAAAGGCAGAGAACCCAGCGCAGGCAGUCAUUGCUGCAUUCUGCUUGCAUUGGGUGUUGAACUUUGUGUAUGAGCCAGCAUCCAGGGCAUUCUACACAACUCUGGAGCACUUGCUUAGCAUUACUAACACCAAACCGACAGGCAUGGUCGUAAGGCUGCUCUCGAACCUGGAAAAGGUAGCAUGAAACUGGAAUAAACCAUAGAAAGGUUAAUAAAAAG